UGACUCUAGGAGGAAGAGCAGACAGCCACGGAGCCAGGCCAUCCUCCGACCGUCGUGGUUACAACCACUCACUGAAGGACUAAACUUUUUGGGAGUCUCCUCAUCCGGCGGUGCUGGCUGACUGGUUAUUGUUGGUUUAGGGGAAUGCAUCUCUCCUCUGUUUGCUCUAUAAACGGUUUUGGGAACGCAUUGAGGAAAGGGUCCACACGAAUGGGAAUACGGCAGCGCCAAACUCUUGCAAUGCGGCCAGAGUGAAGGGGGCAGAAGACAAUACCAUUCCACGGGCUGUGGGGCUGCUCGCUACAAUAUUUCAGUGGGUUCUGCUUCCAAGCGAAUUGUUACAGUUCCAUUUUUUCUCUGAUUGCUCCUAUAACCCAUUAUUGCGACGAAUAGUGUUUUUGAUUAGAAGAACAAGCCAUGAUGUCUACGGCCAAAUUCCGAAAGGACAAGGAGAUCGUAGCCGAAUAUGAGACUCAAGCUAAAGAGAUCCGUGCCCAGCUGGUGGAGCAGUUGAAAUGUCUGGACCAGCAGUGUGAGCUGAGGGUGCAGCUGCUGCAGGACCUGCAGGACUUCUUCAGGAAGAAGGCGGAGGUCGAGAUGGACUACAGUCGUAACCUGGAGAAACUGGCCGAGAGGUUCCUUACGAAGACACGCAGCACCAAGGACCACCAGCUCAAGAAGGAGCAGAGUGUGCUGUCUCCAGUCAACUGUUGGAACCUGUUGUUGACUCAGGUGAAGAGGGAGAGCCGAGACCACGCUACCCUCUCUGACCUCUACCUCAACAACAUCAUACCGCGCUUCGCCCAGGUCAGCGAGGACUCCGGACGACUCUUCAAAAAGAGUAAGGAGGUCGGUGUUCAGCUUCACGAGGAUCUGAUGAAGGUUCUGAACGAGCUCUACACGGUGAUGAAGACAUACCACAUGUACAACACAGACAGUAUCAGCUCUGAGAACAAACUGAAGGAUGCAGAGAAACAGGAGGAGAAGCAGAUGGGGCGUUCUGGUCGCCAGGACGACAGACAGACUCCCAGGUCACCUGACACACUGGCCAGCGUCAAGACGGAGGAGAAACAUGUCCGACGCUCCUCGGUCAAGAAGAUAGAGAAGAUGAAGGAGAAGAGGCAGGCUAAGUACACAGAGAACAAGCUGAAAGCGGUCAAGGCGAGGAAUGAGUACCUGCUGGCUCUGGAGGCCACCAACAGCUGUGUCUUCAAAUACUACAUCCACGACCUGUCUGACAUCAUAGACUGCUGUGACCUGGGCUACCAUGCCAGUCUCCACCGUGCGUUGCGGACCUACCUGUCAGCCGAGAUGAACGUGGAGGCGUCUAAACACAGCGGUCUGGAGGGCCUGGAGAGGGCAGUAGAGAGCCUGGAGCCCAACGGGGACAAGCAGAGACUGAUGGAGACCUACAACAAUGUCUUCUGUCCCCCCAUGCGCUUCGACUUCCAGUCACACAUGGGAGACACGAUGGGGGUAGUAUGUGCCCAGCAGCCAUUAGAAGGGGAAUUACUCCAGAGGUGUCAGCAGCUGCAGUCCCGUCUCUCCACCCUCACGAUCGAGAACGAGGAGGUGAAGAAGACUAUGGAGGCCACUCUGUCGACCAUCCAGGACAUGGUCACCGUGGAGGACUAUGACGUCAGCGAGUGUUUCCACCACAGCAACUCCAUGGAGUCGGUCAAGUCCACCAUGAGCGAAUCAUUCCUCAGCAAGCCCAGCCUGGCCAAGAGACGGGCCAAUCAGCAGGAGACGGAGCAGUUCUACUUCACGAAACUGAAGGAGUUUCUGGAGGGGCGGAACCUGAUCACCAAACUGGAGGCCAAACAUGAGCUGAUACAGAAGACUCUGGGAGAGAGUCAGAAGACUGACUGUUGUCUUGCCAGUGACAGGAGGAACUCUGCACUACGGAAGCAGGAUGCUGGCCAGGUCAUCCCUCUGAUGGUGGAGAGCUGUAUCCGCUUCAUCAGUCGCCAUGGGGACUCUUCUUCAGGUCUGCACCAUGAGGGCAUCUUCAGAGUGUCUGGCUCUCAGGUGGAGGUCAACGACAUCAAGAACUCCUUUGAGAGAGGUGAGGAUCCGCUGGCAGGGGAUCAGAAUGAUCACGACAUGGACUCCAUCGCUGGCGUUCUGAAGCUCUACUUCAGAGGCCUGGACCACGCCCUCUUCCCCAAGGAAGUCUUCCAUGACCUCAUAUCCUGCGUCUCUAUGGAGAACCUGCAGGAGAGGGCUGUCCACAUCAGGAAGGUUCUGCUGUCUCUGCCCAGCAACACUCUCAUCAUCAUGAGAUACCUGUUUGCCUUCCUCAACUACCUGUCCCGGUACAGUGAGGACAACAUGAUGGAUCUCUAUAACCUGCUGUCCUCUCUACCCAGCCUGUCCCGGUACAGUGAGGACAACAUGAUGGAUCUCUAUAACCUGCUGUCCUCUCUCCCCAGCCUGUCCCGGUACAGUGAGGACAACAUGAUGGAUCUCUAUAACCUGCUGUCCUCUCUCCCCAGCCUGUCCCGGUACAGUGAGGACAACAUGAUGGAUCUCUAUAACCUGCUGUCCUCUCUCCCCAGCCUGUCCCGGUACAGUGAGGACAACAUGAUGGAUCUCUAUAACCUGCUGUCCUCUCUCCCCAGCCUGUCCCGGUACAGUGAGGACAACAUGACGGAUCUCUAUAACCUGCUGUCCUCUCUCCCCAGCCUGUCCCGGUACAGUGAGGACAACAUGAUGGAUCUCUAUAACCUGCUGUCCUCUCUCCCCAGCCUGUCCCGGUACAGUGAGGACAACAUGAUGGAUCUCUAUAACCUGCUGUCCUCUCUCCCCAGCCUGUCCCGGUACAGUGAGGACAACAUGAUGGAUCUCUAUAACCUGCUGUCCUCUCUCCCCAGCCUGUCCCGGUACAGUGAGGACAACAUGAUGGAUCUCUAUAACCUGCUGUCCUCUCUCCCCAGCCUGUCCCGGUACAGUGAGGACAACAUGAUGGAUCUCUAUAACCUGCUGUCCUCUCUCCCCAGCCUGUCCCGGUACAGUGAGGACAACAUGAUGGAUCCGUAUAACCUGGCCAUCUGCUUCGGGCCCACACUGAUGUCAGUCCCAGAGAGCUGUGACCAGGUGUCCUGCCAGGCCCACGUUAACGAGCUCAUCAAGACCAUCAUCAUCCACCACGACGGGGUCUUCCCCGGGCCACGGAACUUGCAGGGGCCCGUCUACAUCAGCCCAGGGGCCACUGACGAGUAUUGUGAUCCCCACUGUGAGCCCCCCCUGGUGGACAUACCUGCUCCUGACACCAUCUCUGUCAUCCACAACAGCGAUGAUGGCUCAUUGGUCGUUUCAGAAUCGGACCCAAUAGAGGCCAUUGCUCGCUUCGACUUCUCCGGACGGACCAACCAGGAGCUGUCAUUUAAGAAGGGCGCGUCUCUCCUACUUUUCCAGCGAGCCAGUGAUGACUGGUGGGAGGGCCGACACAACGGAGUGAACGGACUGGUGCCUCACCAGUACAUAGUGGUUCAGGACAUGCCGGACGGGGGCAGAGGCAGUCCGAAGACUGAAGCAGAGUUGCAGGAGGAGAGAGUGUCCACUAGGGGCACCGCUGCCUCUCCUACUGGAGCUCAUGUAGCGGACAUCUACCUAGCCAACCUCAACAAGAUGAGGAAGAGGCCUGAGUUGGGGAGUAUUCGUAGGACCUUUUGGGGGUCUGAGGGGGUCCAGGGGGGUGAUGUGUCCCUGUCUGGGGCGACAGGAGGGGGCGUAAGGACGGCCAGUCUGCCGGUGGGAGGGGCUCUGGUGAAGGAGGGCGGCGACAAGCGACCGGUCAGCGCCCACAGUGUCCUCAACUCCUCAAUCACGCGUCACUCCUCUCUCAAGACCAAGGUGGAGAGCCCUCAGUUCUGCAAGGCGACUACCACGGGCCGCUCUAAGAGCUUCAGCAACCACCGGCCCCUGGAUCCUGAGGUCAUCGCUCAGAUGGAGCCCACCUCACAGGAUAUCGAGGCGGCUAUGAGCUCUGCUCUGAGUGAGCUGAAAGAGCUGGAGAGGCAGAGCAGUGUCAAGCACACGCACACCCCCGACGUGGUGCUGGACACACUGGAGCAGCUGAAGGGUGUGUGUGGGGGUGGCGGCGCGUCCGAGCCCUCCAGUCCCCUCCACUCCCGUCUGCUGAGGGACAGCGAGGGCGCAGGGUCUCCACACUCACACCCCCUCCAACGCAGUGCCUCGUCCGCUAGCGACGUCCCCUCCUCCUUCCGCCCCUCCAAGCCCAGGAGCCCCCUGCCCUCUUCCGCGUCCUCCUCUCUCGCCUCCUCAGCCCUCUCUGCCUCCACUCCCUCCUUCCGAGAGCCUCGCCCUCCAGCCACGCGGCCCAAGCCGGUGGUCUUCCCCAAGGGUGGAGGAGGCGGCAGUCCGGCUAUGGGCUCCCCAACCACCACUGUCCCCCCAACCCCUCCUCCCCCACCCCCACCCCAGCCCAACGACAAGUCCUGCCCCGCCUGAGGGCACUCACUCUCACACCCACCCACCACCCACCC